UGCGAUGAAGACCUCCUGCCUGCAGGGGGCAAUGUGUUAAAACAAUCGGAACCGGAACGUGCUAACACCCGGAAGUGAGCCCGCCAUUGAAGCGCAACAUCAACGUGAUCGUUUCAUUCUCUCAUUGUGAGAAAAAGGAGCUAAUUCCUCUCCGAAUCGCUCUCGCUGGUGGAAUACUGCAGCAAUGGCGUACCGAGGACAGGGGCAGAAGGUGCAGAAGGUUAUGGUGCAGCCCAUUAACCUCAUUUUUCGGUAUCUUCAAAACCGCUCACGGAUCCAGGUGUGGCUAUACGAGCAGGUGAACAUGCGGAUAGAGGGCUGCAUCAUUGGCUUCGAUGAGUACAUGAAUCUGGUUCUAGACGACGCCGAGGAAGUCCACAUGAAGACGAAGAACAGAAAGCCUCUGGGGAGGAUCAUGCUGAAAGGAGACAACAUCACUCUGCUGCAGAGUGUCUCCAACUGAAAACACACACUCACACACGCGUGCGCCUCAGCUUUCCUGCAGAGAAUGACGUCCUCCUCCCACAGUAGUCUCUUUGUGUUUGUAUGACAUGGAUCAUAUGAGUGUUUCUUUUUAUCAUCUGCUUGUAUUUUGACAAUAAACCUAUUGUUUUUUUUUUCUUAA